UCAGCUAAACAGGAGGAAGGGCAGUGUUUCUCUCCCUGCCAGAGCAGCGCAGCACCAGGGCUCCCAGAGGAGGACCACACACCUGAGCUGGGGCCAAUGCAGAACGGGGAGGCUAUGAGCCCGCAGGACACUAAGGCAGCAGGGGCUGAAGCCAUGGAGGAGCAGAAGGCCCAGAACCACAGCCAGAAUGAAGGGUGUGUGGAGCCAACAGCGCCUCCGCUUCCUCCUCCUUCACCACCACCACCGGGCCCACCAGAAUACCCAAGACCUAGGCUCAUCUUCCACACACAGCUGGCUCAUGGCAGUCCCACAGGCCGCAUCCACGGAUUCACCAAUGUCAAGGAGCUGUACGCCAAGAUCGCAGAAGUGUUCAACAUCUCCCCGUCAGAGAUCCUGUUCUGCACUCUGAACUCUCAUAAAGUGGACAUGCAGAAACUACUGGGGGGACAGAUCGGACUGGAAGACUUCAUCUUUGCUCACGUCAGAGGAGAAACCAAGGAGGUGGAGGUGACAAAGACAGAAGAUGCAUUGGGCCUCACUAUCACAGACAAUGGAGCUGGAUACGCUUUCAUUAAGAGGAUAAAAGAGGGCAGUACUAUCGACCGGCUGAAGACUGUAUGUGUUGGUGACCACAUCGAGGCCAUUAAUGACCAGAGCAUUGUAGGGUGUCGACACUAUGAGGUGGCUAAGAUGCUAAAAGAGCAACCGAGAGGCAUACCCUUCACUCUCCGCCUGGUCGGACCCAAGAAGGCCUUUGACAUGAUUGGAAUGAGGACCAGAGUGCCAAAAUCCAACGAGGGCAAGAUGGUGAACGGAAAGGAGACACUGCGUCUUCGCUCCAAGGGUGCUGCUACAGUUCAGGAAGUGCAGAAUGAGUUUGAAGAACAGGCCACAAAGAAAGUGGAUGACCUGCUGGAGAGCUACAUGGGCAUCAGAGAUCUGGAGCUGGCAACCACAAUUGUGGAAGCAGGCAAAGACAAGAAGAACCCUGAUGACUUUGCAGAGGCCUUGGAUUCAGUUCUGGGAGAUUUUGCUUUCCCUGAUGUGUUCUUGUUUGAUGUAUGGGGGGCUAUUGGAGACGUCAAGAAUGGCAGAAUCUAAACAUUUGCUGUUUAGACAAAAAAGUGAGAGUAAAAUAAAAAAAAAAAGGAAGCUUUAACAUUGCCUUCCUAGCCCUGACAUUAAUUCUUAAUCACUAUAAAACCAUGAUUGGAACUGUUAUUCAUUCAGCCAUUUCACUUUGAACAGUCAAAUAACAAUAAUUUGUUUUUUGAUGGUGGACAACUGCAGCAGUGAAAUCUGCUGGUUCACCAAAUGAAAUUUUGAUUAAAAAUAAAAGUUUUUUACGCCUCCCUCCCCAUACAUAUAGACCAUUUUGUAGGCUACAGGACACAUAAGCAGUGAGUUAGGAAACAUGACUGCAAAACAGUCAACAAUCAGCCAGUCAUCUAGGAAUCCAGGAAGUCAGAUAAGCAAACCCUUUUGCUCUGAUGAAAACCCACUGGGAAAGCAGGUGAGGAACGAGGAGACAUAUUUGUCAUUUUAAAGUCAGAAUGUAUUACUCUGCUUCUCCAUUAACAACAACCUUUACAAGCUAGAGAUCGGUGUGUCACAUAAUGUUGGUAGGUUUUCACUAUAUUUAUAUAAAAUUGGUUCACCUUUUCCAAGCAAAGUGGCACCCCUGCAAUUAAAUCUUCAAAAAAAAAAAUCAUUGCAAUCAAAAUAUCCACAGUCCUUCAAGUAAGUUAUUGAUCAGGACUUGCUUUUCUAUUUUAAGACAUUAAUCAAACCUCUUAUCUGAACAUUAAAUCAUGAGUGAACACCAGCUAGGGCAAUGUGAAACCACUGCUCUGCAAUCCAGUUUCCCAUAUGAUCAUUACUGUCAAACAGGAACCCAAGCCAUAAUUUCCCAUGAUAAAAAUAAAAAACUAAACAAAUAAAGAUAGUUUUUGUGCAUGAAAACCAGUUCCUUGGAAAUCCCUGUAAAAAUGAAGGUUUUCAUCAUCACUACUAUUAAAAUAACAUGUCACAUAUUCAGAGAGAAUGUAAAUAUACUAGGUUGUUGUAGCCUUUAUCAAUGUUCUUAGUUUGUUUAUUUGUCUGUCUCUGCACUGGAUAGCAUUUACUGAAGAGAGGGUAAGUGCACAUGAAACUGUUGGUUUUUUAGUUAUGUUUUUUGGCUCACCAGACAACAUGAAUAAGGUAUUAAAUCAUAUUCUCAGUGCACAUGUAGGCAAGUAAUCACUGAACUGACAAAAUUUCAAAAUGAUGUUUUACUCAACUUCAUUCAUUCUGGCUAUUGUUCAACAUCAGUAUUUGUCUGAUAGUGAUGUUUUGUUUUAACACUUUGUAUAUGAUUACACCUCUUUAUGAAGCCCUGAAAAUGUAUGGUACAUUUUACAUGUUUAAACUGUAAGUAAAAAGGUUGAAAUCAUA